AGCGUAGAUUAUUCUGGACUACGCGGGAAUUUUCAUUGACGGCAGCAUGACUCAUGGUGGCCGAUCCGUCCUUGGUUAAAUUUAGACAGACACACAAUCCAUGGCGUGGAGAAUGCGGUUCCGAAUAACAUACACGAUUCGUUGACGAAUUGUUUCACCGAAUGCAAGAGCAAGAGUCGGCGGCAACCGCGAAUCGGCCCUUCUUCUCCCCGCACCUGCUGCACCGGUCCUCGGCAAACACUUGACAGGCCACGCCCCCUUCUUUCACUCCUCCCGUGUUUACGCUGUCCAGGGCGUGCAGGGCGCGUUGCCCUGGGACCCUUUCGAGGCUGAGACCCUCUCUGUGGCGUUGCAGGCGAUGUGAGCGGCGCCAGGGCGGCGGAGGAGGGUGCAGAAGCAGCAGCCAGGAGGAUGCCGUUCCGCAAGGGUUCGAAGCGCUUCCCGGUCAAGCUGACGACGCUGACCGACGAGCUGGACUUCGAGCUGGACAGCAAGGCCACCGGCCGCGCCCUGCUCGAGCUGGCCUGCCAGUUGAUCGGCCUGCGAGAGGUCUGGUACUUCGGUCUGCAGCUGGAGAAGGCGCCAGCCGCCAGCUGGAUGCACAUGGACAAAAGGGUGCGCGACCAGGUCAAAGCCGCCGACCAGCCAGGCCUGCCCGUCAGGGUCGUCCUGCUCGCCAAGCUCUACCCUGAGAACGUGGCCGAGGAGCUGCUCCAGGAGAUCACCCAGCACCUGUUUUUUCUCCAGGUGAAGCAAGCGAUUUUACGGAUGGACAUCUACUGUCCGCCCGAGACUUCAGUAUUGCUAGCGUCGUACGCGGUGCAGGCGCAGUACGGCGACUACGAUGACCAAACCUACCAGCCAGGGAUGCUCUCAGGCACCGAUUUACUGCCCCACAGGGUGAUCAGUCAGUACCAGAUGACGCCGCAGAUGUGGGAGGAGCGGAUCAAGACGUGGUACGCCGACCACCGCGGCAUGGCGCGCGACGAGGCCGAGAUGGAGUACCUGAAGAUCGCGCAGGACCUGGACAUGUACGGCGUCAGCUACUUCGCCAUCUCGAACAAGAAGCACACGGAACUGUGGCUCGGCGUGACGGCGCUCGGCCUCAAUAUCUACGAGAUGGACAACAAGCUGAUUCCGAAGACGUCGUUCGCCUGGUCCGAGAUCCGCAACGUCAGCUACGAGGACAAACGCUUCACCAUCAAGCCCGUGGACAAGAGCGCCUCGAAUUUCGUCUUCCACUCCACCAAGGUCAAGAUGAACAAGCUCAUUCUCGACCUGUGCAUCGGCAACCACGACAUGUUUAUGCGCAGACGCAAGCCGGACACCGUCGACGUCCAGCAGAUGAAGGCUCAGGCCCGAGACGAGAAGGUCCGCAGACAGAUCGAGCGGAACAAGUUGGCAAAGGAGAAGCAAUUGCGCGAGGCGGCCGAACGGGACAGGUCGGCGUUGGAGGAGCGGCUGCUGCAGUAUCAGGAAGAAAUCAGGUUGGCCAAUGAGGCCCUGCACCGCUCCGAGGAGACUGCCGAGCUGCUGGCCGAGAAGUCCCGCGUCGCCGAGGAGGAGGCCAUGCUGCUCAGCCAGAAGGCCGCUGAGGCGGAGCAAGAGCUGACUCGGAUGCGGCUGAACGCGAUGAAGACUGAGGAGGAGAAGAACGUGCUGCAGCAGAAGACGCGCGACGCGGAAAUCCUGACGGCGCGGCUGGUGGAGGAGAGCGAGCGGCGCGCCAUGGAGGCGGACAAGCUCAAGGACGAGCUGACGCGCGCCCGCAAGGCUGAAAAGGCGGCCAAGGAGCGGCUGCAGAACUUCCUCGCGCGCAACAGCCUUCCCAUGUACCCUGAUCCGGCCGCCGCCGCCCCUCCAAAGGAUCUUUCGAGCGCCCUGGCGCCCCCACCGAGGGCCUCCGCGGCCUCGGUUGCGGCCUUCGAACUUGUCUGCCAGGACGCGGACGUCGAGCAGCUCUCGCUCGAGAUCGAAAAGGAGCGCGUCGACUACAUCGAGAAGAGCAAGUACCUGCAGGAAUCGCUCAGGGUGCUGAGGUCGGAAAUCGAGGAGCUGAAAGUGGGAGAAAAGAACUGCGUGCUGGACGUGCUUCACGCGGAGCAGCUGCGGCUCGGAGAGGAUAAAUACUCGACCCUGAAGAAGGUCAAGUGCGGCUCGACCAAGGCCAGGGUCGCCUACUACGAGGAAUUGUGAAUGGACAAUACUACAAAUAUUAAGUUUAGCUAAAACAAGUGCCUUAAACGAUGCAGCUCAUUAGCAGCGGAUUUCAAUCUCUCUAAGCAAUCAAGGCAGUUUUGUGCCUUUUGUCACACAGUCAGAAGUGAUCUUUGUGCCGCCCGGAAUUUGUAACCACGCGUGUGUGCAGCAUUUUAAAACGACGAAUUAUCAAAAGAAAUAAAUUUUAAUACACGAAAUCAA